AUGCCUCCAAGACGAAGAAGACGCGGUUUGGAAUUAGGUUUGAUUUUAUUAUUUAAUGAAUUAUUAAUAUUUGGAAUGAAAAACAUUCCUCCAGUUACUCUUGGAGCUAUUUUGGGCCAGACUUUAUUAUAUAUGGGAAUCAUAAAUGUACCGUGGGAAAAAGAAGAAGUGUGUAUUAGCGGCAAUUCCAUCAUAAACGACAAAGACUGGAAACGUUUGUUUUUAUCUGCCGUUGAACACGGAGAUGACAUGCAUUUAUAUUUUAAUAUGGCUUCUUUUCUUAUUAAAGGCCGAUCACUAGAAGCCAGAUAUGGCAGUAAAAAUUUUGCUAUAAUUUUGACUUUUUUAACCAUAGUCACUAGUCUAAUGUAUGUUAUACUGGCAUUUAUAAUGUCAAAUGUUAUGGAAGCUACUUCAUAUAUGGAUUCUUGUGCCAUUGGCUUUUCAGGAGUGAUUUUUGCUCUAAAAGUUUUAACUACUCAUGAAGAACCUUAUAUUAGAGCAAUGUUGCUCGGUGUUGAUAUUCCUGGAAAAUAUGCUGCUUGGGUUGAGUUGAUCAUAAUUCACAUGUUGGUUCCAAAUUCUUCAUUUAUGGGCCAUUUUGCUGGAAUUCUAAGUGGUGUUAUAUAUUGUAAAUCAUUUAUCGGAUUAUUUCUUGAUAACUUACUACUACAUAUUUCAGGUGAACCAAUAAUUCAUGGAAAUGAUUUCUUUGGAUUUUUUCCAAAAGAGCAAGAAGAAGAAGCAGUAGUAAAUAUUGAUAACAAUGAAAAUUAUGAAAAAAUGAAUUAUGGGUGGCAUCAACCAUUAUAUGAUGAUGCGGAUGAAUCAGUAGAAUUAGACAGUAGAUAUUCUUAUUUCUAA